CUACGGUUGGCUUGGGACACUCAGUCUGCUAUCAUGCGAUUCGGGUCGACAGAAAAGGUUUUGAUUUUCCAACACUCUACUGGAAAACAAACUUGAUCAGGUAGUCGGUCUCCUGUGAACCUGGCAAUUUUCAAACAUAAUUCCGUAAAAAGUACAAUAAGGAAAACUCUACAGAAUUUUUCGGAGGUUUUAAAAGCGACGAACAGGGUAAAAAAAAAUGAUGGAGAGUGACGGAGAAGGGUUGACAUUUCAUAUCGCUGACUACGUCGUAUGGUCUCUUAUCCUCGCCUCAUCCGUGGGCAUCGGGAUCUACUAUGCAUGCAGCGGUGGUCGACAGCGAAGCACCGAGGAAUUCCUGGUGGGCAACCGCCAGAUGAACCCGAUCCCCGUCGCGAUGUCGAUCGCCGUGAGCUUUAUCUCGGCCGUGACGUUCCUGGGUACGACUGCCGAGGCGUACACGAAUGGAGUUAUGAUCUGGCUGCACGCCAUCGCCAUCGUCUUGUCUUGCUUAUUCGCGGGAGUCUUCUACCUCCCAGUGUUUCAUCGUCUGAAACUGACGAGUGCAAACGAGUAUUUGGAGCUUCGUUUCAAUCGGGCGUGUCGCCUCCUUGGCUCGGCUAUAGUCAUCUUCAAUAUGUUCAUCUAUAUGGGGGUUGUCCUUUAUGGACCAGCGUUGGCGCUUAACCAAGUGGCGGGAUUAAACGUAUGGGGAUCUGUAAUGACUAUAGGAAUAGCCUGCACUUUCUACACUACUGUUGGUGGAUUAAAAGCUGUCAUUUGGACGGAUGUUUUCCAGAUGUGUAUCAUGGUAGCUGGUCUUUUAGCCGUCAUCAUCAAGGGAUCCAUUGACCUCGGUGGUUUCUCGAAUGUUCUCCGUAUCGUCGACGAAGGAAAUAGACUAGACCUAUUCGAUUUCAGCUUAGACGUACGAGUUCGCCAUACUUUCUGGGGUCUCACGAUAGGGUCAUCUAUAAUGUUCCUCUCUAUCUUCGGGACCAACCAGGCCCAGGUCCAACGGUAUCUGUCGUGUAACACGACCAAGAUCGCACGCAUAUCCCUGGCAAUCGCCACGGUGGUGAUGAUGGUAAUCGUAAGUUGCGCCGUGACUGCCGGCCUGGUGAUGUAUGCCUACUACGCUGACUGCGACCCGAUAUCGGUCGGCGCUGUGGCCAAAAAGGAUCAGAUGAUUCCAUAUUUUACUUUAGAUUUAUUUCAAAAAUACCCUGGACUACCGGGUCUGUUUUUGUCUGCUGUCUUCAGCGCAUCAUUGAGCACAAUCUCAUCCGGAUUGAACGCGGUGGCAGCUGUGACGACGGAAGACCUCAUCAAACCUAUAUGGCCGGGACUAAGCGAUGAGCGAUACACACAAUUAUCAAAGUUGAUGGCUUUAACGUACGGACUCCUUACUAUCGGAUUUGCCUUUCUCGCAUCGGUAAUGGGAGACAUUCUUAAAACGGUGCUGAAUUUCUUUGGCAUGUUCGGUGGUCCAACUUUAGGACUGUUCAGUGUCGGCAUGUUUUUCCCCUGGACAAAUUCAAAGGGUGCAUUUUGGGGGACACUGAUCGGGUUGGUGUUCUCAUUCUGGAUUGGUAUAGGGGCACAGGUGUACCCCCCUAGGUACCCCGCCCCUUCUUUCUUUACCUCCAUGUGUCCGAUCCCUAACGACACAUGGACAUUCGACGGCAAUUCCACUGACGACAUGUUCACGACUACUCGGUUUGCAGGCGACAUCGAUUCGACUGCCACAGAGCUAACAAUAGAUGGCGCUAUUGCAGUGAAUAAUACCGUGACAGGACCUCAGGUUGAAGACGACAAGAGGCCAGCCAUUGCAGCAUUUUACACUCUUUCCUAUACGUGGUACGCCUUCGUAUCGUGGCUGGUAACGAUUUGUGUAGGCCUCAUCAUCAGCUUUCUAACAGGUCCACAAGAUCCACGGAAGCUCGACCCCCGUUUGAUAAAUCCAGUGGUCGACAUAAUGUAUUGCUGUCUACCUGAAAAGUGGAAGAUUCCAUUACGUUGCAGGGUGGGUGAGGAUUUCAUACAGGGUCCCGAGUAUGAGAAAGUAAAUAUCGAAGUACAAAACGGAAAGAAGAUGAACCUUGUCAAGAAGAAGAACUGGUUCCAAGUGGAGUACCAACCGGACAAUGAUGAUGGCGAGGAUGUCGUCUAGGCGAUGCCUUCCAAAGAAAUCGGCAGGACAUCAGGCUUGUCACUUGACACUAACUAAAACAAAUUCAGGGUUCAAAUGCUGCACAAUCGUCGUUUUUUUUUGGAAGGGGGGGGGAUACCCACAUCCCCACACCCGAUCCUUGCCAUUCUGCACCCAGAAGUAAAGAGCCAAGGAGGGAUAGGGGGCAGGAGGCGACACCCCCUAAGACGUUUCAAGUAGGGAAAAGCGUAGAAAAAUGGAGAAAGGGAGAA